UCUUCACCUCAUUCAUUUCCUUUCAUUUCAUUCCAUUCUUUCCUUCAUUGCGUUCAAUCCGUUUUUGGAAAUUAUCCUUAAUUUCUUUCUUUCAUUUCUCUUCUCAACACUAAAGCGAUCGCCAUAUUUUCCUUCUUUCUUUUUUCUUCCUAAGUUUAAGGUUAUCUGAUCUUACUGAGCUAGCUUAGCCAUGCCUGAGCGUGUUCUGACCCGUGUCCACAGCCUCAGGGAGAGGUUGGACGAGACUCUCUCUGCUCACAGAAAUGAAAUCGUAGCCCUUCUUUCUAGGAUCGAGGCCAAAGGCAAAGGCUUCCUUCAACCACACCAGAUCAUUGCUGAGUUUGAAUCCAUCCCAGAAGAGAACAGACAGAAACUUUUGGAUGGAGCAUUUGGUGACGUUCUGAGAUCCACCCAGGAAGCCAUAUGCUUACCUCCAUGGGUUGCUCUUGCUGUGCGUCCAAGGCCCGGUGUGUGGGAAUACAUUCGAGUGAACGUCUAUGCUCUUGUCAUUGAAGAGUUGCAGGUUUCUGAGUACUUGCACUUCAAGGAAGAGCUUGUUGAUGGAAGCGUCAAUGGAAACUUUGUGCUUGAAUUGGACUUUGAGCCAUUCAAUGCCUCUUUCCCUCGUCCAACUCUUUCCAAGUCCAUUGGAAAUGGUGUGGAGUUUCUCAAUCGCCACCUUUCUGCAAAACUUUUCCAUGACAAGGAGAGCAUGCAUCCACUUCUGGAGUUCCUCCGAGUUCACUGCUAUAAGGGAAAGAAUAUGAUGGUGAACGACAGAAUUCAUAACCUGAAUGCACUCCAACAUGUCCUAAGGAAGUCAGAGGAGUACCUGACCAGUCUUGCCCCUGAGACACCAUACUCUGAGUUCGAACACAGGUUCCAGGAGAUUGGUUUGGAGAGAGGGUGGGGUGACAACGCUCAGCGUGUGUUGGAGAUGAUUCAGCUUCUCUUGGAUCUUCUUGAGGCACCUGACCCUUGCACUCUUGAGACGUUCCUUGGUAGAAUCCCAAUGGUCUUCAACGUUGUUAUUCUUUCUCCUCAUGGCUACUUCGCCCAAGACAAUGUUUUGGGGUACCCUGACACUGGAGGCCAGGUUGUUUACAUCUUGGAUCAAGUCCGUGCCUUGGAGGAUGAGAUGCUUCAUCGGAUUAAGCAACAAGGACUUGACAUUAAACCUCGCAUUCUCAUUAUCACUAGGCUCCUCCCUGAUGCUGUAGGAACCACAUGUGGUCAACGUUUAGAGAAAGUUUUCGGUACAGAACACACACACAUUCUCCGAGUUCCCUUCAGGGACGAGAAAGGAAUGGUCCGCAAGUGGAUCUCAAGAUUUGAAGUCUGGCCCUACCUAGAGACCUACACAGAGGAUGUUGCACAUGAGCUUGCCACGGAGAUGCAGGGCAAGCCUGAUCUUAUCAUUGGAAACUACAGUGAUGGAAACAUCGUUGCCUCCCUUCUUGCCCACAAACUGGGAGUCACACAGUGUACCAUAGCCCAUGCCCUUGAGAAAACCAAGUACCCAGAUUCAGAUAUUUACUGGAAAACGUUGGAAGAUAAAUAUCAUUUCUCUUGCCAGUUCACUGCUGAUCUCAUUGCCAUGAACCACACUGAUUUCAUCAUCACCAGUACCUUCCAAGAGAUUGCUGGAAGCAAGGACACUGUGGGACAGUACGAGAGCCACACUGCCUUCACUCUUCCUGGACUCUACAGAGUCGUUCAUGGUAUUGAUGUUUUUGACCCAAAGUUCAACAUUGUCUCUCCUGGAGCUGACAUGAGCAUCUACUUCCCUUACACCGAGAAGGAAAAGAGGCUCACCUCCUUCCACAAUGAAAUCGAAGAGCUUCUCUACAGCGAUGUCGAGAACGAGGAGCACAUAUGUGUGUUGAAGGACCGCAACAAGCCCAUUAUCUUCACCAUGGCUAGGUUGGACCGUGUCAAGAACAUCACCGGUCUAGUGGAGUGGUACGGCAAGAACAAGAAGCUCAGAGAGCUAGUCAACCUCGUAGUGGUGGCUGGGGACAGGAGAAAGGAGUCGAAGGACAUUGAAGAGAAGGCCGAGAUGGCAAAGAUGUAUGGUCUGAUCGAGACAUACAAGCUGAAUGGACAGUUCAGAUGGAUUUCUUCACAGAUGAACAGAGUGAGGAACGGUGAGCUCUACAGGUACAUCUGUGAUACCAGGGGAGCUUUCGUCCAGCCUGCUGUGUAUGAAGCCUUUGGAUUGACUGUCGUUGAGGCCAUGACCUGUGGUUUGCCGACUUUCGCUACCUGCAACGGUGGCCCUGCUGAGAUCAUUGUACAUGGCAAAUCAGGCUACCACAUUGAUCCUUAUCACGGUGAUAGGGCGGCUGAGACUCUUGUUGAGUUUUUCGAGAAGAGCAAGGCUGACCCUUCUCACUGGGACAAAAUCUCCGAUGGAGGGUUACAACGUAUCUACGAGAAGUACACAUGGAAAAUUUACUCUGAGAGGCUACUGACUUUGACCGGAGUUUAUGGCUUCUGGAAACAUGUUUCUAACCUUGACCACCGCGAGAGCCGUCGUUACCUUGAAAUGUUCUAUGGCCUCAAGUACCGUAAGUUGGCCGAGUCUGUUCCCCUUGCUGCGGACGACUAAGCGAAGGGUGAUGAGUAAAUAAGAGGCGGAAGCAAGUUUGGUUGGCAAAGUGGAGUUUUUACCUUGAGGAAUAAUUGUUUUCUCGAUUGUGAUUACAUCAAGGCUUUACUUUACCCUUUAUUUUCGAUCUUGUUGAGUUUUUUAUAUUUGUUUGUUUGUAUCUUUUUUGUUUUUUUUUGUAUUAUUUCAUUUCCGGGUUUGCAAAUGUUUGAACUUGGGUGUUUAACCCAUUCAUUCAAUUGAAUGUCAGCUUUGCUUUGCCUUC